AUGCUGGUGGACGAUCAUGAGAUAGUCCUCGAGGGCUUGCGGGAUGUUCUCGUGGGCGCGGGUGAUUUCGAGGUGGUGGGGCAGGCUUCCGACGGGCAGAUGGCGGUUGAAAUGGCCUCUGAUCUGCACCCUGACGUGGUGGUUAUGGACCUGAUCAUGCCGGUGAAAAACGGCAUCGACUCAUGCCGGGAGAUCAUGGACGAGCUGCCUAACACCCGGGUGCUGGUGCUUACGAUGUCCACCGAGCAGGACGCGGUGGUGGACUCGCUGGCCGCCGGUGCGACCGGAUACCUGCAGAAGGUGUGCGGGAGACAGGAGUUCCUGUCUGCGGUGCGCGGCGUGGCGGCCGGUGAGUACCGUAUUCCGAAUGACGCCCUGCGGCGGGUGUUGGCCGGCGUCCGCUCGGCUCCCAGGCCGUCGGGUGGUUCGACGCUGGACAGCAUCACGGUUCGGGAGAGGGAGAUGCUGGCACUCUUCGCCCGGGGUCGGAGCUAUGCUCAGAUAGGGGAGGCCCGUGGCAUCCGCCCCGUAACGGUGCGAAACGCCAUAUACAGCAUCCAGCGCAAGCUGGGGUUUGCGAACAAGCAGGAGCUGGUGUUCUGGGCGGUCCAGAACGGUCUGGUAGACGGGGGUUCUGAGGCGCCGUAG